CCGGCCCCGGCCCCGGCUGCGGCAGAGCCAGAGGCGGCGGCGGGCGGCGGCGGUAUGGCGGCGCCGCUGAGCGAUGGGGAGCGGCGGAAGCAGAUCAGCGUGCGGGGCAUCGCGGGGCUGGGGGACGUGGCGGAGGUGCGCAAGAGCUUCAACCGGCACCUCCACUUCACCCUGGUCAAGGACCGCAACGUGGCCACCCCCCGCGACUACUACUUCGCGCUGGCGCACACGGUGCGGGACCACCUGGUGGGCCGCUGGAUCCGCACCCAGCAGCACUACUACGAGCGGGACCCUAAGCGCAUUUACUACCUGUCCCUGGAGUUCUACAUGGGCCGCACGCUGCAGAACACCAUGGUGAACCUGGGCCUGCAGAACGCCUGCGAUGAAGCCAUUUACCAGCUGGGUCUGGACUUGGAGGAGCUGGAAGAAAUCGAAGAAGAUGCUGGGCUGGGCAAUGGAGGCCUGGGCCGUCUGGCGGCUUGCUUCCUGGACUCCAUGGCCACGCUGGGGCUGGCAGCAUACGGUUACGGCAUCCGCUACGAGUUUGGCAUCUUCAAUCAGAAGAUUGUUGAUGGCUGGCAGGUGGAGGAGGCUGACGACUGGCUGCGCUACGGCAACCCCUGGGAGAAGGCUCGCCCCGAGUACAUGCUGCCCGUGCACUUCUACGGCCGCGUCUGCCACACCCCCGAGGGCGUCAAGUGGGUCGACACCCAGGUUGUCCUUGCCAUGCCUUACGACACACCAGUGCCAGGAUACAAGAACAACACUGUAAACACCAUGAGGCUGUGGUCUGCAAAAGCACCCAAUGACUUCAACCUCCAGGAGUUCAAUGUGGGUGACUACAUUGAGGCGGUGUUGGACAGAAACCUGGCAGAGAACAUAUCCAGAGUCCUGUACCCGAACGACAACUUCUUUGAAGGCAAGGAGCUGCGGCUGAAACAGGAGUACUUUGUGGUGGCUGCUACCCUGCAGGACAUCAUCCGCCGCUUUAAGUCCUCCAAGUUCGGCUGCAGGGACCCUGUGAGAACGUGCUUUGAAACCUUCCCAGACAAGGUGGCUAUUCAGCUAAAUGACACCCACCCUGCCCUGUCCAUCCCAGAGCUCAUGAGGAUCCUGGUGGAUGUGGAGAAAGUGGACUGGGACAAGGCCUGGGAGAUCACGAAGCGCACCUGCGCCUACACCAACCACACGGUGCUGCCGGAGGCCCUGGAGCGCUGGCCUGUCUCCAUGUUCGAGAAGCUGCUGCCGCGCCACCUGGAGAUCAUUUAUGCCCUCAACCAGAUGCAUCUGGAUCGGGUGGCAGCUCUCUACCCAGGGGACGUGGACCGCCUGCGGAGGAUGUCGGUGAUCGAGGAGGGGGAGUGCAAGCGCAUCAACAUGGCACACCUCUGUGUGAUCGGCUCCCACGCUGUCAACGGCGUGGCCCGCAUCCACUCCCACAUCGUCAGGCACUCCGUGUUCAAGGAUUUCUAUGAGCUGGAGCCGGAGAAAUUCCAGAAUAAGACGAACGGGAUCACGCCAAGGCGCUGGCUGCUGCUGUGCAACCCGGGCCUGGCCGACGUCAUCGCCGAGAAAAUUGGGGAAGGCUUCAUCACAGACCUGAGCCAGCUCAGGAAGCUGCUGGAUUUCGUCAACAAUGAGACUUUUAUCAGGGAUGUGGCAAAAGUCAAACAGGAGAACAAGCUGAAGUUUGCAGCCUACCUGGAGGAGCAGUACAAGGUGAAGAUCAACCCUUCCUCCAUGUUCGAUGUGCAGGUCAAGCGGAUCCACGAGUACAAGCGGCAGCUGCUCAACUGCCUGCACGCCAUCACCCUCUACAACCGCAUCAGAAGUGACCCAUCCAAAUCCUUUGUGCCCAGGACUAUCAUGAUAGGAGGCAAGGCAGCCCCUGGCUACCAUAUGGCCAAGAUGAUCAUCAAACUCAUCACGUCCAUCGGUGAGGUCAUCAACAACGAUCCCUAUGUGGGGGACAAGCUGAAGGUCAUCUUCCUGGAGAACUACAGGGUGUCCCUGGCCGAGAAGGUGAUCCCAGCAGCAGACCUCUCCCAGCAGAUCUCCACAGCUGGCACAGAGGCCUCGGGUACUGGCAACAUGAAGUUCAUGGUGAACGGGGCCCUCACCAUUGGUACCAUGGAUGGGGCCAACGUGGAGAUGGCUGAAGAGGCUGGUGAAGAGAACCUCUUCAUCUUUGGCAUGCGAGUGGAGGAUGUGGAGGCCCUGGAUCGCCAAGGGUAUAAUGCCCAGGAGUACUACCAGCGCCUGCCAGAGCUGCGCCAGGCUGUCGACCAGAUCAGCAGUGGGUUCUUCUCCCCUCGAGACCCGGGUUGCUUCAAGGACAUUGUGAACAUGCUCAUGUACCACGACAGGUUCAAGGUCUUCGCUGACUAUGAGGCCUACAUUAAAUGCCAGGGCCAAGUGGACCAGCUGUUCAUGGACCCCCGGGAGUGGACGAAGAAAGUCAUCAGGAACAUCGCGUGCUCGGGCAAGUUCUCCAGCGACAGGACCAUCACGGAGUACGCGCAGGAGAUCUGGGGCGUGGAGCCGUCCGCCGCGACAAUCCCCCCCCCGAACCUGCCCCGGGACUGAGCCGCGCACCGGGGCAGGACACAGGGAUGGGCUCCCGCCCAGGGGGCCUCGCCGGUGCUUCACCGCUAGUCAGAUGGGCUCAGCUCAGCCGAAAGGAGGCCUGUCCCUCAGGGGGGCAGGAGGAUGCUCUGAGGAGGAGCCCUGCCUGGAGAGGAGGAGCUGAGGAAGCAGAGCACGGCCCCUGCGUUUGCACCCAUGCACCCAGCCGCACCUGCCGCCCAGCGCUUCUAGCCCUGUGACCACGGAUCAGUCUUCCACAGCUGUGCUCCAUGCCUAACAAGGCCUUUCCAACUAAACCCUCCCCACUCACAUGCAGCCUGGCCUGGCCUCCUUGCCUCUGUCCCACAGGCAGGCUUAGCCAAUGUAGAGUUUGUCUUGCAUCCUUCUCCAGGGGGUCUGCCAGCCCCAACACCAGGGUAAGGAGAGGCCACUGUAGAUUAGCACCUUGGUAAUGCCCACAGAAGGUAGGGCUGGCUGUUAAAAGCAGCUGGCCCCAGUGCAGGCACCACUGUCAAGUGCUGCGUGUCCCAGAGAGGGCCUAGGAGCAGCCACUUCCUCACCACGGAUGGCUAUGGCUUCCUCCACCCCUCUCUAGUAACUAAAAGCCCAGGAACCGAGCCACUGCAGGGGCUUGUGGCCUCCAGGUUGUACCUGCCACUGCUCACUGAGUGGCUGACCCUGCUAGGCCCCUGAGCCCCACGCAGGCUCUUGGCCCUCCAGGCAGAGCUGUGUGCUGGGUAUGAAGAUGUAUGGCAUCUCUUGCAUCCCUGCACAGCCAGGUGAUGCUGCUCUGCGUGCCCCUCCUGGUGCCGGGCUCAGUUUAACACCCGCAGUGCUGUGUAGUGCACCAGCGCUCCCCUGUGUGCUGCCAACUCAUUAAAACAACCAGAGCACC